AGGAAGCUCCCUCUUACGUCUGCUGUGAAGCCUGCGUUUCGCGAACAAUUCCAAGAAAAAGUCAUCUCUUGCUGCUCUGACAUAAGGAGAAUAGUAUUCUCUAGUCAAUUAUUCGUUAACUCCAAGAAAGACAGCAAAGAAGCCAACAAAGACAGGUCUAUUCCUGAUGUAUUCUGCCAGCAAUUCUGGUAUUCAGUAGGUCAGCUAGUGACGGGCAAGCAAGUUACUCACAGAACGGCAUUAUCCGAGGACAUAAAGCAGUAUUAUACAGACUUCAAGGCAAAGUUCCCUACUAUCGAAGUAAACCACAAGCUGACCGUGGGAUAUAGCCAAUGCCUUACAGAGGCAGCAAAGGAAUUGAGCGUCUCUUACACGAACUCCAUUGUAGAGCGCUUCGAGCAGCGCUUAACAAAGUUUCUUACUUACAAACUGAGAACUAUGCUCCCGAAUAUCAAACGCACUGAUGUACAAAGAAUUGUACAGCUGUAUUGUUACCAAUCUGUCUGCCAUGGUCAUCCUCAUUGGCCAGAAAACCUCGAGCUGGCGGCCGUUGACAAAAACCGAAUUGAAGUACUCUGCAAACAAUUUGAAGAGUUCAUUCCAGGAGAAGUAACCCUCGUUUCUCUUUCUGCUGCUCCUGCAAAGUUUGUUAAUGCGUUAUGGAACAUACAGUUUGCGUACGAGCAAAAACAU